AUGUUUGUCUCAGUAGAGCAUGAUAUAUUCUUGGACCCUUGUAAGUAGUAUACAAUCGAAAAGAACUGUAGUACUUUAACUGAUUUUCCCAAGUUCUGGCGAACCUAAACCGAGUACCAUACCUUCUAAAAGCUCAGAAUGUUCUCUCACAAGUUUUCGAUGUUGAAAUUGAUACUCCAGACACUUUCUUACGUAACAGAGAGAUGAGCAGACUGAAGUGUCUUCAAAAGGUCUACCUAACUUUUUCGGAAAAGAGUACGGCCGACAAGAAGAAAGCGUUCGUAAAAUCUGUUGAGAAGAGACUCCAACAGAUCUCCUCACGCUGUGAGGUGGUUGAGACAUACUUGAAGAUCGAGAAGCAUCAGAAGGAUCGUUUGACUGUCUCACUACACCAAGAAGGGGUUGGUAGGGGAGACUAA